AUGUAUCACCUGAGAAUUCCCGUGCUUCUAAUCAUCCCGCUUGUCCUGCUGCCGUGCGUGAUCACCGCCCCUAGCAACAGGUACUUCAGCCCCAUAUCAAGCGGGCAGGAAAGCGCACCCCCGGAGAGAGAAGACUGGCUACUGCCAGAAUUGGUCUCCAACCCUUUCCUCAGUCUCGUGGUCGCACGUCCCCAGAGAGGGCUCACAGCUGUCAACAGCCACCACAUAGAGAAGCGGAAAUGCAACACCGCCACCUGUGUGACCCAGCGACUGGCAGACUUCCUGGUUCGCUCUAGCAACACCAUUGGUACCGUUUACGCCCCCACUAAUGUGGGCUCCAGCACCUACGGAAAAAGAGAGCUGCUGCAGCCACCCAGCUACUUUCCUCUUUAG